AUGAGCUCGCAACAAAGCCCAGCCGCUCUACAAUCCACUGUCGAUCGCGAGAAGAUUUACACGUGGAUAAUUGAACUGUCGAACCCGGAAACGCGGGAGAAUGCGUUACUGGAAUUGAGUAAGAAACGUGAGGUAGUGCCUGACCUAGCGCCGAUGUUAUGGCAUUCGUUCGGCACUACAGCCUCCUUAUUACAAGAAAUCAUUAACAUCUACCCGGCUAUUAAUCCUGCGACCCUUACCGCUUAUCAGAGCAAUCGCGUGUGCAAUGCCUUGGCUCUGUUACAAUGUGUAGCCAGCCAUCCUGAGACAAGAUCUGCAUUCCUACAGGCUCAUGUUCCAUUAUUCUUAUAUCCGUUUUUGCACACAGUGAGCAAAACUAGGCCUUUUGAAUACCUAAGACUGACUAGUCUUGGAGUAAUAGGAGCGUUAGUCAAAACAGAUGAACAGGAGGUCAUCACUUUCUUGCUAACUACAGAAAUCAUUCCUUUAUGCUUGCGAAUUAUGGAGAGCGGCUCAGAAUUAAGCAAAACUGUCGCCACGUUUAUACUGCAAAAAAUAUUGUUGGACGAUAGUGGCCUUUCGUAUAUUUGUCAAACGUACGACAGAUUCAGUCAUGUUGCAAUGAUCCUGGGGAAAAUGGUUUUAUCCUUAGCCAAGGAUCCAUCGGCUAGAUUGCUUAAGCACGUUGUAAGAUGUUACUUGAGACUAUCGGAUAAUCCUAGAGCACUAUUAGCAUUAAGGCAAUGCUUACCGGAUCAACUAAGGGACAAUACUUUUGCCACUUGCUUACAAGAAGACGCCUCGACGAAGCAUUGGUUAAACAUGCUUCUGAAAAAUUUAGAGACCGGUCCUCAGCCAGGUCCACCGACCCAGCCGGGUCAACAAGAUCCUAGAACGAUCGGCAUGUCGCCGCUCACGUCUUGAAUUCGCCAAAUUUAAGACUGAGAAGGAAGCAGUGCCAAAUGUGCAAGUGCACCGUGUGCCGCGAGAACAGAUCUCGAGAUGCUUCUUUCCAUAAGUUCCGAAUUUUUACAAGACAGUACCCCGUGCACCGUUAUUAUAUAUUAUUAACAAUUAAUUGCGUAUUAUGUAUAGCUACGAAUUUGUGCUGUGAGGUUUAGUGAUAUAAGGAGAUAUUGUCAAAUCGACAACUCAUGAUGGUUGUACAUAUUGUAUACAUUCUAUGGUAAAUAUUACUUGUGCAUCCAGUUCACGAAUAUCCAGUUUUCUCAGUUCAGUUUUAGCGUUGCUGUUCAUCAGUUAAUAUUGUUAACAGAAUGUUUAUACAAAUUAUUGAUGUUUUAUACGAAUGAGACAUUCGUUACCAGUGGAAACCUAUCGUGUGGAAAUAUUAACAAAAGAUGCAGUAUAUGCGCGCUAUGAUAUAUAGUAUUCACCAGUGUGUUUGUCUAGCUUCUAGGUAUUUUGGUAGAUUUUACGACAAUUACCCGUGAAAAUUUUACACUUUGCCACAUGUGAAUUAAGCACAAACUAUACAAAAAUUGUCCUUAUUAACGAUAGAUAUUUGUACAAGUAGAUAUGCGAUUAAUAUUUCGAGUAAGAUCUUUGUCAUGUUAUGAAUUUAUUCAUCGGCCUAAUUAAAUUUAAAUACGAGACGUUCAUCGUUCAAAACGAGACUAUCUCGUUUUGUAACGUUGUUUCUCACUUUGCCUGGGUUUGUAUAAUAGUUUAUUUAUCAUUAAUUAGUUUGUGCGUGCGUGAAAUGACGAAUAUUCGACGUAGUAGUUUCGUCUUAUAUGUAAUGUGAUCGAUCGAUGAUUAUGCACGAUGGACAAUUAAAUCAUUAAAAGAUUUAGUAGGACCGUCAUUUGCUCCGCAAUAUAAUUUUACGAGAUAUCAAAACUAGUCGAAAGCAAACUUGAAUGAAUCUAGAUUUAAUCCCUGCGAAUAUAAAUCUCUUAGCCGAAUCGGCAAUUUUAGCCAAACGGCUCUUCGUUAACAUUUCGAAGAAAUCUGCGUCGUCGUAUCGCUCGCAUCGUUGACCAUUCUCGUGAGUUCCGCCUGAUUCUGCGAAAAAAAGUGAAGAUACGAACAUUAUUAAUUAGCACGAAGAGAUUCGGACGACAAAUCGGUCGCGAAGAAAUGAACAUACCGUUUUCGGAGAAUCCCUCGAGCGUAAGAGACCAUGUAUAACGGGUGUAAAUAGUCUCUUGUCCGCGUAACUGUACUUAUGCGGGCCCGUGAACCACGAGACCACCAGGCCCACCAGAAUUGUAGUUAAGAAACCCACCCACGUGUACCAGAGAUACGACAUUCUGUACAAAAAGAAGGGCUGUUCCCUAAAAAUAAAAAUUGUAACUUAAUCACAA